AUGUCUCUAGGAAUUCUCACCUCCACACUGCGGGCUCUGAAGAACCUGAGAGACCACCCGACCGUGACUUACAUCGGGAUAAAUCUUGCAGGUUUGGUCAAAUACAACCAGGAUUUGUCCCACCUAGGCCAAAAGAAGUCCCGUUUCCAGCUGGUGAGAAUCAGCGCGGCAGUCUGUGGCAUCGAGCUGUGUUAUGCGGCAGAGACAGCCUUCGUCAGCCCAAUUCUCCUCAGCCUAGGUGUUCCUGUGUCUCUCAUGACAUUAAUCUGGUGCUUGAGUCCACUUCUCGGAUUUUUCUUGGUUCCAGUUUUGGGUUCAGUCAGUGACAGAUGUCGUUCGAGCUUGGGUAGACGAAGACCGUUUAUUCUGAUUUUGUCCGCUGGAAUUAUUGUGGGUUUGAUACUCGUACCCAAUGGUAAACGUUUGGGAUCGUUUUUAGGAGAUGAGCAAAAUAACAAUACCCAUUCUACGGUAGAUCAUAAUAAACAAAAUGUAACGUAUGUUUACAACUGGGCUCUUGCCCAUUCCAGCUACAGCUUAUACCCUCAAAGCCAGAGUCAGGACACUGAUUCCAGUUCGAAACACUACAACAAAUUGUCUUCACGGAACUUGGCUGGGAUAGCUUUGACAAUAAUAGGUGUGGCAAUGUUGGAUUUUAACUGUGAUGCCUGUCAGUCGCCGUGUCGGGCUUACCUUUUGGACAUAAGCCUGCCGGAGGACCACUCCCCUGGACUGACCACCUUUACAGUCAUGGCAGGACUCGGGGGCUGCCUGGGCUACAUCAUGGGUGGCAUCGACUGGAACGCUGUGGGCGUGAGUCGCCGAUUCGGAGGACAUGUACAGGUUGUCUUUCUCGUAGUGCUCGUCGCUUAUGUUAUAUGUGUUCUACUAACGGUCUCUAGUUUCAAGGAAAUUCCCUUGGACGAGUUGGGAUACGACCAAGAAAAGCGACAGAAGAAGAAGAAAAAAUUGGGAAGUUCGAAGUACCGGAAAUUUACGAACGAGGAUGAUUCCGAUGAAGAAGGGACGAGUUCCCCUGGGGUGGGGACAGAGAGGGUGGGUUCGCCCAGUGAGUCUGAUAGGGGUCUAGAUAUGGACGGACAGAACGCUAUCUCGUACGGGAGUCUAGAUCUGCUAAAUAAACCCGCUAUCGGCAGCAGCGAGAAAGCUUUGACAGGCGGAUUACACGCCAACCAGUCCCUUGCAAACAGCAUGGGAAAUGGUGUCAAAACUGACAGUGAUUCGGUUGUCUGCGAACAACAGGCUCCUCUGGAAAUAUCCACGGAUGUAACACUUAAAACAUAUCUGCUCUCCAUUCUGCGGAUGCCGAAAUCGAUAUUUAUACUGUGCUUAACGAAUCUGUUUUGUUGGAUGUCUUUAGUUUGUUACUCUCUGUACUUCACGGAUUUCGUUGGACAGGCGGUGUUUGGGGGCGACCCCAAGGCGGAUCGGGGCACGGCCAGUUAUGAACUUUACCAUGCUGGGGUCAGAAUGGGGUCGUUCGGCAUGUCACUGUACUCGCUGUCCUGUGCCAUCUACUCCUUGUGUAUUGAUUAUCUGGUGAAGAGAUUCAAGGCGAAACGUGUUUACAUCUGUAGUCAGCUGGUCUACACUGUCGGCAUGGUCCUGAUGUCAGUGGUCCGUAACAAAGUGGCCGUCUUACUCCUUUCUCCCUCCGCGGGGAUUAUGUACGCCACACUCUUCACUAUGCCCUAUUUGCUCGUUGCACAUUAUCACACUAAUGGCAAGUUUGCGGAGCUGAAGCCCCAAGAGUCUCCGUCUCGACAGGUGCGCGGGCUGGGCACGGACGUGGCCUUGGUCAGUAGUAUGGUUUUCCUGGCACAAUUCCUUCUCUCUCUUUGUAUGGGGAGUAUCGUUCACGCAGCAGGGUCUACCGUUGUUGUUGUCGCCACGGCGGCCAUUUUGAGUUUCUUUGGAGCUGUCACCGCAACACAAGUAGUUUAUCUCGACCUGUAAAUGACCAACGAUUCUACAUGCAGGAUAUACUAUUGAGGGCCGUGAAGAAUAAACUGUAAACCCCGAUCGCCAUUCCUAAAGUGAGAAUUUGACGAGUGGUAAAAACAGCAGAAGCAAAUUCAUUGUUACGGGUACGUUUCUGGCAGAAUCCACGAAUACUGUCAUGUAAUUGCGCAAACUCCUACCCAAAGCGUUGAAUCUCACCACGGCGUUUAUACAGCCCUUGACAUGAUAUGAUUAGCAAUGGUACCAAAGCUUGAGAAACCCAGUGAUGCAUGUGUGUUUGACUGUUUGCUAGGCUUUUCCCAUAAUCGCUUUCCCUGUGGAAGAUGAAUGUAACGGGUGGCAGAUGAGGCGCUUAGGUAUCGAUCAUUGGGGUAGGCUUAUGAGUGAAGAGGGGGACGGGACGACGUUUUGAAGGAUAGGAAGAGGGAGACAGGGUAGUGGUAUGAAGGCUAUGACACAGGCCUGAGACAAAUCAGCGUACACCUCAACACUUCAUUAUUUAUUGUACC